AGCUCGGUGCAAACGGUGCUAGUUCCCUAAUCUACCUCGAAUAAUCCUUACCAUGUCGAAGAUUUACCAUGGUGUCGUGAACGCGGCCGACAAAUUUGUUCCCAACGCAUUGCGGCCCCUCUGGAACCAUGCGGCGGGACCGAAAACUGUUUUCUUCUGGGCGCCCGUUUUCAAAUGGGGUUUGGUCGUAGCCGGAUUGAGUGACCUUCGCCGUCCCGCAGAUCAGCUGUCAAUUUCGCAGUCCGCCUCAUUGGCAGCGACCGGAAUAAUUUGGUCGCGGUAUUCUUUGGUGAUCAUUCCCAAAAAUUGGGGCCUUUUUUCGGUGAAUGUGUUCGUGGCUGGUACGCAGGUACUGCAGUUGUAUCGUGCCUGGGAUUUCUCACGAAAACACCCGAAAGUUGCCGAAUAGAUCAACUUUUAUGCAAAAGUCGCUUAUCUCUUAACUCUCAAUGUAAAAAAAAACGACGCAGUUUUUAUAAAACACUGCUGAUUUUGUAACCUCGUUCUAAAAACUGUACAGUGCAAAUUUGGUGUAAAGUAUGUUAGAACGUGUACAGUAUAAAUAUAUGCACAAAAGAUAAUACCAUUUUGAAGAACGGAAAGUUAAAUA